GCUCACUCGCAAGGUUCUCUCUACCUGUACACUAUAACCCACCCACCCACUUGAGGUAUGUCCGUGUGUGUCCGCGCAUCCGACCGACCGCCUGACUUGAGGUUUUCUUGCUGGCUGCUGUGUGUGGCGUGGUGCGGGUGGACUUGCUCUCACUACUUUCCCUUCCUGGGUGAUGUGUGUGUGAGGGAAGGUUUCUCGCUCGAUAGCUCAUUUUUGAAUCCGCCUCUUGAUAAUAUGACACAUCGACUGACUGGCUGACCGAACCAAACACAAGGUGGCUUGUGUGUCAUGAGAAAAUCAACGAUUCAUGUGCGAUGACUGAAUUCGUGUACGCAGGUCCACACAGACAACGACACACAACAUAGUAUUCAGGCCGCGACACGACUCCAAUCCUCAUCCAUCGACGCAGACAAAAAUCACAGUAUGACAAAUACGUGUAGGUAGCUUAAUUGUCUGGGCUGGCUGCUGUAUGUGCACACUUGGCAAAUACGUUACGUGUAAUUACACAACACCGCUCGCUCGUCGCCUCGCUCAGCCAGCCAGCCAGCACGAGAAAGAUACCAACCCACGCACCCUCGCCAGCCCCGAUACUGUAUUAACCGAACCAAACACUCCGCCUGCCUCUCACGACACAAAAUGCAUCACACCCUCUGGAUAGGGUUAUCCGCAGCCAGCUGCUUGCCUCCCCCACCGCCACCACCGGCGGCCGCCCCAGUGCCGACAGGCUGCAUCUCCACCCCAUUCUUGGUGUCUAUCGCGUACGAGGGCGCCGGGGCGUCGUUGUCGGCAAACGGGUUGGCUGUGGCCUGUGCCGCCUGGUAUGUGGGUGGCGGCAGUGACUGCGGCUGAUAGGCCACCACCGAAAGGGCGUUCCCGCCAAGAUGGCCGCCCAUUGCCGGGAUGUACGGGCGGUUCUCGGCAAUGAAUUGCUCGGAGCCGCAUGCCGGCGAGAACAUCAGUGCCGUCUUGCAGAAGUCGGUCUUGACGAGCACACCGUCCAUCAUGUCGGUAAGGGUGCCGGCCGCACGGCCGAAAUAGCAGUGCGGCCGACAGAAGCCCACUUGCACAAUGUCUGUCACAUCGCUGAACCGCAGAGAGUUGUUGCACAUCCACGUGCGCAUCAGGAAGCCCACAGGAGUGCGUUCGACCUUCUUGGGGAUCUGCAUAAAUAUCACAAUCAUACAGGCUACCAACCUGCACACACACACACACACAAGGGUACCCGUUGGCUUUUGUCUUGCAGUCCUAUUGUCUGUCACUCACGCGAUCAUCCAGAUGACGAAUGUGCUGGGGGCAUAAGACGCUCCUGGCAGCGAUGUGAUGAUGAGCAUGAAGACCAACAGGCCAAUCACCGCACCGAAGGAUAUCUGCAAGCAACCAUCGACAACCAAAACCGUCCAGUCCUUUUCCUGUCUGCCUCUGCCUGUCUGUGUGUCUGCCUGUUUGCUUGCCUCCUGUCUCUCUGUCUGUCUGUUCUGUGUCUGUGUGUCAACCUCUCGCCAUCUGUGUGUGUGUGUGCAGUCACCGUGAAGAGGGGAGUCUUCCUGAUCUCAUACGUCUUGAGCAGCGGAGCGAAGUCCUCAGCGGGCGGGCUGACAGGCACGCCGUAAGUGCUCGUCGGCAAAGUUCCUUGCACCAUCGGAACAGGCACUGGGUCCAUCAUCGUGGCCUUGCCCGGAUCUUCGCAGCGUCGUGUCUGUG